AUGGUCGAGACGAACCGGCCGAAACCGCCGUUGGACGUCGCCAUCGCGGCGGCAGACGUGAACUCCUCGCCACAACAGCAACGUGAACACCAGCGUCGACACGAACAGCGUGGUGAACAACAUCAGCUGCGUGAAUACCAGCAACAGCGUGAACACCAGCAGCGACAUGAACACCUGCAGCGACACUGUCAGCAGCCACCACAGAAUCGUCCGCAUCAGUCGCGAAACACCAAGACUGUACACUUCGAAACGGACGUGUUUCGAGACGUCGCGUCGGCCGACUCUGCGAUGGCCACGACGACGUCGAACUGCACGGCCAGCGUCACUAGUCUGCCCGACCAGUUCGACAGACACGUCCAACAGUUGUUUACGUUUUUGAGCGUAAAAAAAUGGUUAUUACGGAAAAAACAUCAAAUUGAACUUGCCAGAAAAAGAGGCUGGAAAGGAUAUUGGGUGUGUCUUAAAGGUACUACAUUACUCUUUUAUCCAUGUGAUUCAAGAGAAGGCCGAAGUGUAGAGGCAGCACCAAAACAUCUCAUUAUCGUGGACGGAGCAAUCAUGCAACCUAUUCCAGAACACCCGAAGAGAGAUUAUAUUUUCUGUUUAAGUACAGCUUUUGGAGACGCCUAUUUAUUUCAGGCACCUUGUCAAGUAGAAUUGGAAAAUUGGGUGAACAGCAUACAUUCUGCAUGUGGGGCAGCGUUUGCUAGGCAUCGGGGAAAAAUAGGAACACUUCAUUUAUUACAAGAAGAAAUUUACAGAAUCGAAAAACAAAUAGAUGCGGAUCAAAAACUUAAACACAUGGCUGAAGUACAAGUAGAGAUGCUAACCGACCCAGAUACUAAAGAACAAAUAAAAAAGCAAAUUUUAGCAUGGGAAGAGAAUUUAGAAAGACUACAUUGUGAACAGUUUCGUCUCAAAUGUUAUAUGGCUAGUUUACAGAAUGGUGAACUUCCAAAUCCCAAGAUUCUUUUAACACGUGUAUCCAGAGCCACAAAAAUCACAUUAAACAAAUUAGGUGUGUUUACUGUAUCUUCGCUACAUGCAUUUAUAUGCGCUCGUUCUCCGUCAUUGCUCAACAAUCUUUUGGCUGGACGUGGUGCAACUAAAAGAAAAGCUCCAAUCUUAUCUCGUUCAAAUAGUAGUUCAGGUAGRAGAUCAUUGCAAUCAUCGACAUCUAGAGAUGACGCAGAAAAAACUGUGAAAGUAUCCUUACCUGAUAAUCAAUCGGUACAAAUACAUUUGCGAGAGGGAAUGACAGUUGAUGAGUAUUUGGCAUUAUCUUGUUCAAGAAAAGGACUCAAUCCCAUGGAGCAUUUUGUCAGGGUAAAAAAGAGAAGGGAUAUGGAAGAUCAUAAUUAUUUUGUUCCUCACCGAACUGAUAGUAUUGAAACUUAUUUGCAUACUCACGAAGUUGUCGAAGUUCGUGCCAAAAUUCUUUAUCAAGUAGAACUUGAAAGAAAUACAUUAGAUCAUAUGUGGGGAUUUUCCGUAGAAGCAGAACUAAUUGAAAAUGCUGAAAGACAAGACGAACUUUGUUGUUAUGUUAGUCGAGUAGAAGACAAAGGAAUUGCUAUUCAAAAUGGUUUAAUUAAAGGUGAUGAGAUUAUGGUAAUUAACAGUGCGAUAGUAAGUGAUUUAGAUAUGAUGUACUUGGAGUCGGCUCUUCAAGAAGAACUUUCUUUAAGUAUGAUGAUGAGAUCAUCCAGAACCGAACCUCCUCAAUUACCUUCAGGCUCAAGAAUUAUUUCAAAGACUACUGACGACAUAAUUCAAUCGUUAGUGUGUCCUCCACCACCUACUGAUCCACCAGUGAUCUCAGAAGAAAUGAUAUCUGGACUGAUUGUUCCUGCUCCAGGGUGGAAUAGGGAAGGUAUUUAUGAAUUGGAAACUAAUAACAUGACUCAAGAUUCAAAACUUGCUUCCAGAGGAAAUUCUUUUGAAAUCGAAAAUUUAAUUAAGAGUGCUGGUGAAGUUACUGGAUUCUGUAGAUCUCCAGAGCCAGCAAGAAGAACUAGCCCAACCGUGAUUUCUGCUGUUCAGAAUCCUCAAAUAACUAUUGGUCGUCAGUUGACAGAUGCUGAAAAACUAAGAAAAGUUAUUUCUGAACUUGUAGAUACCGAAAAAUCAUACAUCAAGCACUUAAAUAAUUUACUGGAGAAUUAUUUAGAACCACUUAAACACCAAACAUUUUUAUCUGGAGCAGAAAUAGCAGUUCUAUUUGGUAAUAUCCAAGAAAUUGUUCAAUUUCAACAUCAAUUCCUACAAAAUUUAGAAGAAGCCGUUCACCAAGAACCUAAUUUCCAUACAUUUGAUCAACCAGAGCAAUUUAAAAACAUACUUUUCUCAAUCGGGAGCGCCUUCUUAUAUUAUGUCAAUCAUUUCAAGUUGUACAGUUCAUUCUGUGCAAGUCACUCGAAAGCUCAAAAAAUACUUAAUCCUAAUGAAGGCAAUCAAGCUUUACAAGAAUUUCUAUGCUCCAGAAAUCCRCGGCAGCAACAUUCUUGUUCUCUAGAAUCUUAUUUAAUUAAACCUAUUCAAAGGAUAUUAAAAUAUCCACUAUUACUACAACAACUAAGGAAUCUUACUGACCCUCAUUCAGAUCAACACCUCCACCUCGUUGAAGCACUUAAGGGAAUGGAAAAUGUCGCUGAACAUAUUAAUGAAAUGCAAAGGAUACAUGAAGAAUAUGGAGCAAUCUUUGAUCAUUUAUUCAGACAACAUCAAAAAUCUUGUAAACAAUCUAUUGACUUGUCUCCGGGUGAUUUAUUGUACUAUGGAGGAGUUGAAUGGUUAAAUAUUUCUGAUUUCCUUGGAAAAAUAAAAAAAGGCUUAGAACUUCAUGCAAUGUGUUUUGUAUUCAAAUCAGCUGUAGUGUUUCUAUGCAAAGAACGUUUAAGACAAAAAAAGAAAUUAAUGAGUGUAUCGGGCAAGAGUGAAAUGGAAAUAAUUAGAUAUCAAGUUCUGAUACCAGUAACUGAAGUACAAGUUAGAGCAAGUUCUGCCAAAGAUAUGGAGACACAUUUCUUAUGGGAAUUGAUCCAUUUACGUAGUCAAUCUCACAGGAGAGCAGAAAAGAUUUAUGUACUUUCCAAUAGCACUGCCGAAUUCAGAAAUGCAUUCUUAAAAACUAUACGCCAGAUAAUUCGUGAGAGCGUACGAAACAUGAGCAUCCCUACUGCCAAACCAUCCACUAAUUCCCCUGCUCAACUAGUUAGCAAUACUGCAACAUUAGGAAGACAAACAAUUAAUACUGGAGGUUUGCAACUGAUAUCAGAGGAUCAUAAAACGCCCGAUACUUCAAACUUAGCUCAAGGAUCUCAAACACUUGGAAAACCUAAAAAAAUACCUCCAAAACCACCUCAAAGACAUUCUUCAGGGAAUACCAUAACUAAAGUGGAAUUAAGGAAUCAAGGAACAUCGUCAACUGAUUCUACAACGGAUACAGCAGGGACUCAAACUAUUUUGCCAAAUUAUAGAAUUUCUAGAAACAGAGAAGAACGAAAAGUUGACGAACAAAAAUCCGAAGGUGAAGAUGAUAGCUGUAGUCAACCUGGACCAUCUAAAGGACUUCCAAUGCACGGUAGUCUAGGAAAAACGCCCAACUACUUAAUGCUUAGYACCACGUCUACAUUAUCAGCAAGUAGUACUGGCAGUCAGGCUGCCAGGCUGGUGGAAAGAUCACAGCAACCAGAAAAUUAUCAACCACCUCAGGUGCAGGACCUCGGUUCUCCAGUGUGGAAGCCCAGGGAAUUGGGAGAAUCAUCAACAUUGCCACGAAAAAAAAAAUCGAAUCAGGAGCAGUUUGAAACAAGGACAAUGGUGAGAAAAGGAGAAAAAAAGGAUAAAAAAUGAAUAAAAACGCGGGACAAUCACUCUUAAAAAAAAAUGUUCAUGCAUAAAAAUACCCAAUUAAUGAGGAAUGUGAUAAAUAUCACUGACUUCUAGGAUUCCUUUUUUAAAAUCUGAUUGGGGAUUUCUAUGAUGUCCUUGUUACCAAUGGUAUGGAAAGGAUCUGCCGGCCGAGGGUCGAAGAAAUUAUGUUUAUGAUCAAGUUAGAUUAUUUCUUAAAUAAUUCUCAUUACCUUAUUGGUAUGUUCCUACUUUAUUUAUUACAUAAAAUUAGAAUUUAUUACAGUCUUUUGUUUCGUGUAAAUAAUAAUUAAAACGAAACUGAAACAUUUUGUCACAAUUAAAAAAUAAAAUAUACCGGAUUUGGGCUGUUUAUUAUUAUCGGUAAUUAAACUACAAACAUCGAUACAACAACCAUGGUAAAUAAUUCUUUUAACCAUCUGUACUAAUAUUGUUAUUAGACACCAUACAUUUGGGAUACGUAUUAUGAAAUUUAUCCACGUUACGUUGACUUAUAUAUAUUAAAUAUUUAAAUAUAUAUGAUAUAUAGACCAUGUYUGUUUUAAUGAUUAUGCACCAACUUAAGGUUAUAUUACAAAUCGUACAUAUUAAAAGCUCAAAGCUCAAUUUCAUUUAAAUUAUUUUCUUCUUUCAAAUUUCAAUAGAUUUUAUUAUGAAUUGUUAACAUUUCUCCAUUUGAUCUCAUUAGUGAUAUUUGAACCAAACAAUUUAGACCUCCUAACUGCAGAUUACAUAACCACGAAUCAUUUACUUUGUUCGAGCACAUAGGAUAAGUAAAUAAUGAUUAUUUUUAUGCUUAAUAUGUACAUUGGACAUUUUGAGAAUAAAUAAUAUUAUAUAAUAGUCAACGCGUGAACGACAAUAAAUUGUUAUUGUGUAACGACGACGAACUGUGAAAUAAAAUCUAAUUAAUUGUAUUCAUUAGAUGUAUUGAAGUGGUCUAGGAAUACGGUUUCAAUUAUUCGAUGGUUGAAUUUCCAAGUUUAGAUUAAUAAGAAUAAUGGUCCCAAAAAAUCUAGUCUCGUAUUUUUGUUCAUGUUCGGAAUUCCCUAAUGAAAUCAUUGAAACUAUUGUUGAAAAUAAUGUUAAACAUUAACGAUAAACAAUCUAUUGUAGUAUCAUUAAUAUAGUCCUAGUUCUUUUGGAAAAAUUAAAAAUUGAAAACCGUUAACUAUGUUGUCUUGUGUGCCACACAAGUACCUAACAUAAAUCGUAAAAAUAUGUUUUAAAAAAAAAAAAA